CUAGCCUAGAUUUUGCGCCGCCGCCGCAGAGUGGGUGAGGAGGGAGAUGCACCGCGAGCCCUUCGGCGAAUCUUUCCCGCUGGUCGCCGCCGACCGAUAUCAAGCGUGGGCGGUCACAUCGGGGUGUGGUGGAAGUGUUCGCAGGGGCAGAAGGGAGGUUGGACCCGUGGCGAUCGCGGGAUUGCUCAUCGGAGUCGCGUUUCCGCUGAGCUUGCGUCCCGCCGUGGCCGUAACCACCAGAGCAACGAUCCAAGCAAUGAGGUCACGAGGAUCUGAAGAAUCAUCCUGGUACCUGGAAUCUCAAGUGACAGGAGAAGAACAGGUGGUUCAAGAGGAGCCACACAACGAGGAGUUUGAUUUGAUCUAGGUGGCGUCUCCCAGUUGGCUUUAUGGCGCCAAGGAUGAUCCUUAGUUCGUUUUGUAUUUACCUUUUAUUUUGUAAGACUUCCGCUAUGUAAUAAAUACUCUAAUUAUAUUGUGACAUUUAUCUCUAUACACUCUGUUA